CAUCUACAGCAAAAGUCGGGCAGCUUAUCGUGUUUUGAAAGAGUUCCUUGAACUUCCAGCUGAACGAACUCUUCAACGUUUUGUCUCAUCAAAAUUGUCAUGUACAGGAAUCAGUGCAGAUAUCAUAUCAGCACUAAAACAAGUUUUACAAAAUAAGGAAAAUCACGAAAGAAUGUUUGCAUUGAUCUUUGAUGAGAUGUCAUUGAAACCCUGUCUAGUGCAUGAUAAACAAAAUGAUCGCAUAGUUGGAUUUGAGGACUUAGGUGGUUUUCCCAGUGAUUCAAUUGCAAAUCAUGUACUAGUAUUAAUGCUGAGAAGUUUAACCAGCAAGAAGAAACUUCCACUUGGAUUUUACUUCUCCAACCAUGCAAUAAAUGCAGAAAGACUGAGAGAAAUACUCACAGAAGCUUUAACAAAAUUAUCGGAUGCUAAUGCCGUAGUUAAAGCUCUGGUUUGUGACCAGGGGGGGAAAUAAUAGUAGGUUGUUUAGAAUUUUAGGAGUGGAUUCUCUUAAACCAUUCUUUGAUUUUAAUGGACAGACUAUUUAUUGUUUUGUUUGAUCCACCACAUCUUUUGAAAAAUUUGAGGAGGAAUCUUAUGAAGUAUGACCUGCAGACAAGUAAAGGAUUCGUAUCUUUCAAAUACAUUCGAGACUUCCAUGAAGUAGAUAAAACACUGCUUAUCCGCUGUGCACCGAAAAUGACUGAUGCACACUUAAAUACAAUGGGAUUAAACUCCAUGAAAGUUGCUCUUGCUGCACAAGUGUUCAGCCACACAGUAGCAGCAGGAAUGAACCUGUGUAUUUUGUCUGGACUGAUAGAAGCAAGUGCUGCUCCAACAGUAGAGUUCAUUCUAAAGAUUGACAAUUUGUUUGACUCCAUGAAUGGAACUCGAAAGAAUCCUUUAAGAGGAAAACAGCUCCAUUGUGCAGUGAAAGAAGGUUCUGCACAUAUUAAUUUUUGGAAAGAGAUGAUAGCAUAUGUUGAAUCAUGGGUUUUUUUGCAACCGCUUGCACAAAACCAAGAUGGUCCAAGAAAGCAUGCUUCAGGACCACGUAGCAGAAUAGGCUGGUUGCAAACUCUCAGAGCAAUACUAAAACUUUCUGAAGAAAUGUUACAUGAACGGGAAUAUUUUAUGACAAAGAGGUGCAAUCAGGAUUGUCUUGAAAAUUUUUUCAGUCGUAUCCGAGGGAGUGGGGGCAAUCGCACAAAUCCAUCUGCUUAUGAAUUUUCUUCACUUUUCAAGAUUGCAUGUGUAAAUUCUUUCCGUAACACAAAUAAGUUUUCAAAUUGUGAGCCAGAUGGGGAUAAAUUUAUGUUUUUCAUUUUGUCUGCAGUACCAUCAACUACAAUUGAGGAAAAUGAAGUACAGAAGGAGGAGGUGAAAGAAGGACAAAUUACAAGUAAUGAUGAUUUUGAUGACUCUCUUGUCAUUGAUUUUGAUUCCCCUUGUCAGGAUGCAUGUUUUGAAAGACUUGAUAAUUUGUCACAAAAUGUUGUUGCUUAUCUGAGUGGAUAUUUAUCCAGAAAGGUAUUAUAUUCCUUGAAUCUUAAUGAGUGUGAUAUAUGCAGUAUUUCACUGACAGACAGAACAAAGCCAAUGCUGCAGCAUACUCUAUUUUUAUACCUUAAAGAAUAUAAAAAUCAGGAUAUAACGGAAGGAGGAUUGACACAUCCGUCAGAAAGCAUGACAAAAUGCAUUGCUGAACUUCUUCAGAAAGCAAAUAAUUUUUUCUCCCACCACUUGCCAAUAUGUAACAUUUUGCAAAAUCUGAAAAAUGUGUUAUCACAGUUACCAGUGUUUCAGUUUUUGUGCUGUGAACUUCAUUCAAAUGAUGUUAAAAAGAAGAUUGUAUCUUUUGCCUCUGCUUUUUUUUUUUAAAAAAAUUCAUCUUCGGGAAAAAAAUAGAAAAAUUAGUAAAUAUAACACAGAUCUGAAAAAACUACAAAAGGGGAAACAUUAAUAGAAAUGUAAUUAACUAAAUUAAAAGCAAAGGGUGUAUGUGCUACUUUGUGUGAAUUGCUGAGGGUUUUUUUUUUUUUUUCAUAU